UGUGUGUGUGUGUGUGUGUGUUUCCAGACAGGAUCUGGGUGUCUAAGCCUAGUCGGCUUGAAGCUUCUCCCAGACUGGCCUGGACCUCUUAGCCUCCUGCUUUUGUGUUCUGAAAGCUGGAGUCAGAAGCACGUGUCAGUCGUCACGCUAGGCUUUCCUUUUCUUGCUUUUCAACUAUUUGUCUGUUUGAGACCAAGUCUAUGUCGUCCUGGCUCUCUUGGCACUCCCUACGUAGACCCCACUGGUCUGGAGCUCACAGAGCUGCCUCUGUCCCCCUCGAGUGCUGAGUGCUGGGAUUGAAGGCAGUGUGAGGCUCCCCCAAACCUUCCCACCCCCAUAAGGUUUUUCUGUCAAUUCAAAGAAAGAACUAAAGAGUCAAACUCAGAAUCCUAUUCUAAGAACACAGACACUCAGGUACCUACCAUGGUGUUGGACCCUGAAGAAAAGAUGCCAGAUGAUGGCGCUUCUGGAGACCAUGGAGACUCUGCCAGCCUCAGUGCCAUCAAUCCUGCCUAUAGUAACUCCUCCCUCCCUCAGUCCACUGGGGACUCUGAGGAGCCUUUCACCACAUACUUUGACGAGAAGAUCCCCAUUCCUGAAGAGGAGCACUCUUGUUUUAGCUUUCGUAAACUGUGGGCGUUCACGGGGCCUGGCUUUCUUAUGAGCAUUGCCUACUUGGAUCCAGGAAACAUCGAAUCUGAUUUGCAGUCUGGGGCAGUGGCUGGAUUUAAGUUGCUCUGGGUGCUUCUGUUGGCUACCAUUGUGGGGCUGCUGCUCCAGCGCCUUGCAGCUAGACUUGGAGUGGUCACCGGCUUGCAUCUAGCUGAAGUGUGUCACCGUCAGUAUCCCAAGGUCCCACGGGUCAUCCUGUGGUUGAUGGUGGAGUUGGCGAUCAUUGGUUCUGAUAUGCAGGAAGUCAUUGGCUCAGCCAUCGCCAUCAAUCUCCUGUCGGCAGGAAGGAUUCCCCUGUGGGGAGGAGUUCUCAUCACCAUUGCAGACACUUUUGUCUUUCUCUUUUUGGACAAAUAUGGGUUGCGGAAGCUGGAAGCAUUUUUUGGCUUUCUCAUCACUAUUAUGGCCCUCACAUUUGGAUAUGAGUAUAUUACAGUGAAGCCCAGCCAGAGCCAAGUGCUCAGGGGCAUGUUCGUGCCGUCCUGUUCAGGCUGCAGCACUCCACAGAUUGAGCAGGCUGUGGGCAUCGUGGGAGCUGUCAUCAUGCCACACAACAUGUACCUGCAUUCUGCCUUAGUCAAGUCUAGACAGGUAAACCGGGCCGAUAAGCGGGAAGUCCGGGAAGCCAACAAGUACUUCUUCAUUGAGUCCUGCAUUGCGCUCUUUGUUUCCUUCAUCAUCAAUGUCUUUGUCGUCUCGGUCUUUGCUGAAGCAUUUUUUGGGAAAACCAACAAUCAGGUGAUUGACGUCUGUAGGAAUAGCAGCAGCCCCCAUACUGGCCUCUUUCCUAAUGACAACUCAACUCUGGCUGUGGACAUCUACAAAGGGGGUGUUGUGCUUGGAUGUUAUUUUGGGCCUGCGGCUCUCUACAUCUGGGCAGUGGGGAUCCUGGCUGCAGGACAGAGCUCCACCAUGACAGGAACCUAUUCCGGCCAAUUUGUUAUGGAGGGAUUCCUGAACCUAAGAUGGUCACGUUUUGCCCGAGUGAUCCUGACACGCUCUAUUGCUAUCAUCCCCACUCUCCUUGUUGCUGUCUUCCAAGAUGUAGAGCAUCUAACAGGGAUGAAUGACUUCCUGAAUGUUCUGCAGAGCUUACAGCUUCCUUUUGCUCUCAUACCCAUCCUCACCUUUACCAGCCUGCGGCCAGUGAUGAAUGAGUUCUCCAAUGGAAUAGGCUGGAGGAUCGCUGGUGGAAUUUUGGUCCUUAUCGUCUGCUCCAUCAACAUGUACUUUGUAGUGGUUUAUGUCCAGGACCUAGGGCACUUGGCACUGUAUGUGGUGGCUGCGGUGAUCAGCGUGGCUUACUUGAGCUUUGUGUUCUACCUGGGUUGGCAAUGUUUGAUUGCCUUGGGCCUUUCUUUCCUGGACUGUGGUCACACGGUAAGCAUCUCUAAGGUCCUGCUGAGCGAAGACACCAACGGUGGCAACAAUACUAAGUAAACACUGGGUCAGUCUGUCUGUCGGUGCAGGAGCCAUCAGAGCCAGUGUGUUUCUAUGGUUCACUGUGUGAACAUAGCCACAAGUAUGUGCUGUUGCACACACUUCAUUUAGGACUCAACGAGUAGUUGGGAAAUACUUUGUUUCUUGUGUGUUGAGGUCUUUGUUUUGUUUUUGUGAAAUAGGAUAUUGCUAUGAAACACUAGGUAGCCUAAACUCACUGUGUAGCCCAGGCUGCCCUCAAACUCACGACAAUCCUGUCUCAUACCCCUGAGCACUGAGAUUAUGGGCAUGCACUACCGUGCCUGGUUUUUCCCAUGUGUGCUUACAAGGUGAUUAUUUUUGAAGGGGUGAGUCUCACCCUGUAGCAUUGACAGCCCCUAGAGAAAGUGACCCUUGAGCUGCUUUAAACACUAAGUCCCUAGGUAGCUGUCCAAGGGCGAAUAGCAUUUUAUGUUCUUAAAACUUUAUGAAUUAGGGAUAUAGUAAACUGAAAUUAUGUUUCCAUUGGGUGAUUAAGGAUAUAGUAGCUCCAGGCACGCAAAUUUUUAUCAAAGGAUAAUGGAUAU